AUGUACUCUGUCUGUCUUCUAAGCAGGUUCAUGGAAUCUCCUACUAGACAGCAUCAACUGGCUGCUAAGAGGGUGCUGCGUUAUCUAAAAGGGACUACAAAGUCUGGAAUCUGGUACAAGAGAAAGGAAGGAGAAGACAGACUGCUAGGGUACACUGACAGUGAUUAUGCUGGAGAUGUUGAUGACAGAAGAAGCACCAGUGGCUAUGUGUUCUUCCUUGCAGGUGGAGCAAUCUCCUGGGCCUCUAAAAAACAACCAGUAGUCACACUCUCUACCACAGAGGCUGAGUUCAUUGCUGCAGCAUACUGUGUAGCUCACUGUGUGUGGCUGAAGAGGAUUCUGGAAAGCUUGGGUUGGAUCUCGAGUGCAGAAGGCUGUACAACUAUUCUCUGUGACAACAGUUCAGCAAUUAAACUAUCCAAGAAUCCAGUGCUGCAUGGAAGAAGCAAGCACAUUGAUGUUAGGUACCACUUUAUCAGAGAUCUGGCUAAGGCAAAGGUUGUAGAACUGGAGCAUUGCACCACUCAUGAACAAGUGGCUGACAUCAUGACAAAGCCACUGAAACUGGUGAGUUUUCAGCUCCUGAGGAGUAAGCUGGGAGUGUAUGAUCUUGCAGAGUUCAUGGAAGAAGAAGUGAACUGA